AUGAAAGACUGUGAGGAAAAUAUACCAACAGAGGAGCCACCCAAAAAAGAAGAGGAAGAUCUGGAGGAUAAGAAAUCCAUAAAGAAGAGAAUUAAAGAGCUCAAGGUGCUCGAUCCUAAGAUUGCACAGAAUCUAUCCAAAAAAGAAGAGGAAGAUCUGGAGGAUAAGAAAUCCAUAAAGAAGAGAAUUAAAGAGCUCAAGGUGCUCGAUCCUAAGAUUGCACAGAAUCUAUCCAUCUUCCUGGGUUCCUUCCGUAUGCCUUAUCAGGAAAUUCGUCAGAUGAUAGUGGAGGUGGAUGAGGAGCAACUCACUGAACCUAUGAUCCAGCUUGAAAGGGCAUGUAGCCUGAGGCUGAAGUAUUGGGCAUCUGUAAAGCCUACAGUACAACAGGUGUUGAAGCAGUUGAACCUUGUGAAACACCUACCUGAGCAGGAGCAGCUGAACGCCUUGGCAAAGUAUAAAAAUGAGUAUGCGAAUUUGUCAGAGCCUGAGCAGUUUGGGGUUGUGAUGAGCAGUGUGAAGCGGCUGCGUCCUCGUCUCAGCCAUAUCCUCUUCCGGCUGCAGUUUGAAGAGCACGUAAACAACCUGCGUCCAGAUAUCCUGGCUGUAAAUGCUGCCUGUGAUGAGGUCAGGAAGAGCCGCUCCUUUGGCCGCCUGCUGGAGCUGGUGCUACUGCUGGGGAAUUACAUGAACGCAGGCUCUCGAAACGCCCAGUCAUAUGGCUUCGACCUCAGUUCGCUGUGUAAGCUAAAAGACACUAAGUCAGCGGACCAACAGACCACAUUACUCCACUUCCUGGCGCAAGUGUGUGAGGAGGAAUUCCCAGAUGUGAUCAAGUUUGUUGAAGACCUGGAGCAUGUGGACCGAGCUAGCAGAGUGUCUGCAGAGAAUCUGGAAAAGAGCCUCAGGCAGAUGGAGAGGCAGCUGCUGCAGCUGGAGAGAGACCUGGAGACUUUCUCUUCCCCCGAUGACCCCAACGACAUGUUCUUCACUAAAAUGGCUAGCUUCAGUAAGGUUGCACGGGAGCAGUAUGACAAGCUGGUGACAAUGCACAGCAAUAUGGAGACCCUGUAUCAGAACGUGCUGGAGUACUUUGCCGUCGAUCCCAAGAAGACCUCGGUGGAGGAGCUGUUCACUGAUCUCAGCAACUUCCGUUCUAUGUUCACUCUAGCACUGAAGGAGAACCUGAGGCGCAGGGAGUCAGAGGAGAAACAGAGGAGAGCACGGGCGGCAAAGGAGAAGGCUGAGCGUGAAAAGCAGGAGAGACAGCAGAAGAAGAGGAGGUUGCUGGAAGUCAAUGCAGAGAAUGAUGAGACAGGUGUGAUGGAUAGUUUGCUGGAAGCUCUACAGUCAGGAGCUGCAUUCAGAGACCGCAGGAAGCGAGCACCAAGACCCAGAGAAAACCAGCAGCAGACGAUCAGCCCCAGCUCCUUCCGCCAGGUUCUCAGGCCUGUUAACCAUGAAAACAACAAGGCACCUUUACAAAGGUCUCGCUCUCGGCAGAAUAUAAAUGCGAGUUCAGCUGCGGUGAAAGCUCCCCCUGCCAAGGAGGCCCGUAACGAGUCUGAAGACCAUCCAUCUGCAGCCCGGGCCAAGGCUGCUGCGUGUUCAGAGUCAGGCCGCAGGUACAGGAAUGCCCCGGGUCACAGCUACUGGCUGGACAGAGAGAGGGUGGUAGAGAGAGAGAUGGUUAAACCGACUGGGAAAGAGAUGGAGGUGGAAGCAGAGCAUCCAGCCUUCCACCCGUCCACCACUGGUGCUGCGGUCAGUAGCUGUAGCACCAAUGGAGAGUCGGACGUAGAGGCUCUCCUGGCCAAACUCAGGGCUUUGUGAGGAUAAUUUUCACAUUAUCUCUAAAAUGACAUACAUAUGUAGCUUACAGUAUGUUUGCACUCAUACAUCUUAAUGAACUCUGAAUGACACCUAAAAGAUUUUCCUUCAACAACUUCGUAAAUAAGCUUUAAUAAGAUUUGUCAGAGAUAAAUAAUAGCAGGGCAAUUAUAACAAUAAAUAAAUAAGAAAACAAGGACUUUUUUGAAGCUUUGUAGAAAAUAAAUGUGUACAAAACUCAAAUUGAGGACCAUGCUUUUGACGCUUGAUGGACAGACUUGAUUACAGACUUAAAAAAUUAUUUUCUGAAAGAAAAUUCAGGCAGGUAGAGCACUUGUAGUUGGUCAUGCUUUGGCCCACAGAAUAUCCUCAGAGGUUACUUCCUGAAAUAGAGACUGAUUUCCAAAUGUUAUGGUUCAUGGGAAAUACUUACUCAUAUUAAUGUCACAUAUUAUAGUUCAAACAAGAAAACACAGCCAAAUUGAUUCAGCAGAGUCUCUACCUGAUCGAUCCUGUAAAGUGAACUGCCAAAAACCUUUGGCUCUCAUCUAUAUAUUCCAGACAUAUACAACAUACCUUUUUGUCUGACAGCAAAAUAUGCAAUGUUGCUGAGCACUUUCUUUGUAAUCCAGAAGUAUGCAAUAUUAAAUAACAGCUAUAUCACAUUUAAUUUCACAUUGGCAUUUCUUAGAAUUGCCUCUACUGUAGCUUUUAUUUUACAUUCCUAUCAUCUUGUCUUUUCCAAUCUGUAUUUUAGUUUUUAAUUACAUAUUAGUUAUUUUCAUAUGCAUGGUGUUAGUCAUGUACAAUUAAAAAGAUUUUGAGCUUAUAUCUGCAUUUAUUACUUUUGCAUAUUGAUUUGUUUUCUUUUUUUUGUCUUUUUCAUUCCUUGUGGGGUAACACGGCUUUUAUAUUCAAACCACUUACCUUAUUGUUUAUAUUUUCUAUAAAAAUGUAAUCCGCAUUCUAUAAAACUAUAAAAAAAUAUAUAUAUAUGAAUAUACACACACACACAAAAAGGAUACACACGAGUUAUGCCAUAUGAUCUUUCACAGGUUACAACAGUAAUAGGAAGUCAUUUGACAAGUUGAUUUUGGUUGUACUAGUCUAUUUUGUCUGACAUUGCUGGUGAGAACAUUUACACACUGUGAGAUCGAGUCUGCAAAAAGGGAACAGUGUCUAAGAGUAUUAUUGUCAAAAAAGUUAAUCCAGUUAACCAGAAUUGAUGCUGUUUGUUCUCCUACACUCCGACUGAAAUGACUCAUAUUUUACGCAUAGUUGUCUCAUCUUUACAAUAAAAUAAAGCCCAAAAAAAAUAAGUGUUGUGUUU